GCCCGGUGAGGAGGACAGGCUGCCGGAGGUUUGCUGCCCUCCGCCGGCAGCUUCCCGGUAAAUGUGCUCGGUGUCGGAGAUAAAGGAGGAACCGCUCGGUCGCUUCCGGUGACUGAGAGCUCCGCGGUUUCUGCACGAUCCCGCCGACGCACAACCCACCGAACGCCGCCCGCUGCAUGUGCACGCGCACGCGGCAGCGCUUCGUGGUGUUGGCGGAGAAAAGCGUCAAGGUUCGUGUUUCCGUGAGCUGGUCUGACAGGGUUCCUGCUCCACGGUGACACAAAGCGCGGAUAACGGCACGGCACGCUGUGGAACAUAGAGAGAGAGAGAGAGAGAGAGAGAGAGAGAGGGGGAAGGCAGAGGGCGGUGGGGGGACGGUAAAGCAGCACAACGAGGAAACCAGCCGCGCAGCCGCGGACGCCUUCAGCUCGUUCUCAACAACCACCGGACACGGACCGGGAACGAGCUGCUCACACCAGGCCGCGCACAGGCUCGCUCCCUGAGACAUGGGGUCAGAGCCUCCCAGCUCUCCACAGGUGGUGGAGGAUGGAGGAGAGGAGGAUGAGGAGGAGCUGAGCGGAGGGGAGGAGGCAGACUUGCGGUCCAGCUCAGGCCGGGGCUCCCUGCUCACCCGCAGGGGCAUCACCCUCAGAGUGCUCCUCAAGGAUGGCCUGGUGGAGCCCGGGGACGGCGUGCUAGCCAUACACUAUCUGGGUAAGAACUUUGUGGGAGACCUGCUGACUGAUGGGAAAAUCCGAUGGGUGGAGACGGGCCAGAUCUUCAACUCCCCCAGCGCCUGGGCGACUCACUGCAAGCGCCUGGUGAACCCGGCCAAAAAGUCUGGCUGCGGCUGGGCGUCGGUGCGGUACCGGGGACAGAAGCUGGUCCAGUACAAAACCACCUGGCUGCACAAGUACCAGCCCAGUGCCGACAUGAGCUUGGUGAGUGAGGAAGAUGAUGACGAGGAUGAAGAGGAAGGAAAGGCAGCUGUGCAGGCAGACGACAAGAACAAAAACACCAAACCUGGACUACAUGAUGUGAUGGUUUCACGGAGGACUGACAGAGAGAGAAUUCCCGUCAGAUAUUGCACUUUGGGCACCCGAGAUGCUGCCAGAGAUCCACACACACUAGUGGAGCUGUCAGCCUUCUCAGCCAUCAACAGGUUCCAGCCUUUCAAUGUAGCCGUGUCCAGUAAUGUGCUGCUGCUAAUGGACUUCCAUUGUCACCUGACCACCAGUGAGGUGGUGGGAUACCUCGGGGGACGAUGGGAUACCAACACGCAGCUGCUGACGGUCUUGAGGGCUUUCCCGUGUCGGACCAGGCUGGCAGACAGAGACUUGGCUUCCGCUGUUGAGGAGGAGAUUUGUCAGAACCUGUUCAUGCGUGGGCUGUCGUUGGUGGGCUGGUACCACAGUCACCCGAGAGGUCCGGCCCUGCCGUCGCUGCAGGACAUCGACUCACAGAUGGACCAUCAGCUGAGGCUGCAGGGCUCAAACAACGGCUUCCAGCCCUGCCUGGGCAUCAUCUGUGGUCCGUAUUAUCACGGAAAUCAAGGCGUGGCAUCAACAAUAACUCCAUUUUGGGUCGUACCGCCACCUGAGCAAAGACCUAAUGACUACGGCAUCCCAGUCGCUGUCGAGGUCACCUACGUACAGGACAACUUCCUCACCAGUGAUGUUCUCAAUGAGAUGAUGCUGCUGGUCGACUACUACAGGGCAGCUCCUGACCUCGUCCAGUUCAACCAGUACUGGUGUCCUGAUACGACCAUGAUGGACAAAAUUAAGGGCUCUCUGAGUUGCCACGCUCCCAAAGACCAGGCCUACUCUCAGAUCCUGGAGCACGUCUACAGUCAGCUGGGGAGCAUGAACUGAGCGGAUCACUGUUGUUCACUUCAAACACCUUUUUUUUUUUGCAGAGCUUGCAGGAUUGGUGUGAAAUACAAUAUAAACCCUGCUUUACAAACAUAUAGAUGCCUCGAUUGCUUGUACGUUAGAGUGAUAUUUACCUGUUAUACAGCAUUAUCAGACAAAUACAUUACAGUGGCUGUGAUAUUAGCUGCCCCAGAAGGUUGUUUUCAUUAGGAGACCCAAAAAGUAGCAUGUUAGAAAACAUGAGACCAUGCUCUUCUGCCUCAGCACGCUACUCAGAACCACGUUGCAGAAGACAAAUCGGCCUUUUACCUUCUACACAUGGACCUACAGUAUGUGCCUGUCUGUGCCAGUAACCUGUGGCAAUGAGCAAACAUUGACAGAUAUAUACAACGUGAAAAUUUAUGUCUUAUAAUUGCCUUUUAUUGACAAAAGCCAAUGGAUCGGCGUUUGGGGAAAAGUGAAAAGCAGUGCAGAAUCUACGACAGCGACCUGAAGUGUGCUCUGCAGCCGGGUUUGUGAGUGCAUCAAGUCCGCUGUGCCACACAAGUUAAUUUUUCAGUUCCACUAGUGAAGUGAACAGGUGUGUGUCUGUGUUUGUGCCAGCGUUUUGUGAACGUGCCCGUCUACUGUCUUCCUGUCAGGUUGUGUGAAACUUGAGUCCUGUUCGUUAGGAACACACAUUUGCUUCCUCUCUACCUGUACUGUAUUUAUUACUGCCUGUGGAUUGUAGAGGUACAUCUUUGAGGACAGAGCAAUGCCUUAAGCCUGCUGAUUGAUGAUCCACGAAGCAUUAAAAUAUACACACUGGAACUAUUUAAA